AGAGGGAGGUAGGAGGAGGGGGAGGGAUCCAGUCCUGCAGCACAGCACAGGCUCUCUGCUCUUAGAGUCUGAGGGCUGCACAACAACACAGGCCAACAUAACACACACAGCCAGGCAUACUGUCUGCAGUGCAAAGCAACAGACUGCUCUGCUUACAUUCUACUUCACCCUGAGCACACUAGCACAGUCUCAGCAGCACUGCCUGCAGGAACCCGUCCUGCAGUCCAUGAGAUCCAUUCCUGCAGCCUACAAGAAGCACCUGGGCUUCCCUCUAGUAUCACACAAGCUGGAUAUUACCAGCUCCACCUGGCUAGCUGCUGCAGUCAUAGAGGUGAACACGUUCAAAGAGACUUAUUCCUUGGAGAAGUGAGCCCCAAAAUCAACAUGUCAAAAUAUAAACUUGUUAUGUUGAGGCAUGGUGAGGGUGCCUGGAACAUUGAAAACCGCUUUUGCAGUUGGGUUGACCAAAAGUUGAGUAUGGAUGGACUAACGGAAGCUGAGAUGUGUGGGAAGCACUUAAAAUCUUUGGGCUUCAAGUUUGACAUGGUUUUUACGUCAAUCCUGAGUCGCUCUAUACAGACGGCAUGGCUGGUGUUGCAAGAGCUUGGGCAAGAAUGGGUUCCAGUUCAGAGUUCGUGGCGGCUCAAUGAGCGCCAUUACGGGGCACUUAUUGGUCUCAACCGGGCAGAACUGGCCCUGAAUCAUGGAGAAGAGCAAGUGAAGAUAUGGAGAAGGAGCUAUGAUGUUGCCCCUCCGCCAAUAGACGAGAGCCACCCUUAUUAUCAGGAGAUACAUACGGAUAGAAGGUACACGUGUUGUGACAUUCAGAGAGAAAAGCUGCCAAAAUCUGAGAGCUUGAAGCAUGUCCUGGAAAGGCUCCUUCCCUACUGGAAUGAAGUAAUUGCACCAGAAAUAAAACAAGGGAAAAAUAUUCUUAUAUCUGCACAUGGAAACAGCACAAGGGCAUUAUUAAAACACUUGGAAGGGAUCUCUGAUGAAGACAUUAUAAAAAUUUCCCUUCCCACUGGUGUCCCUGUGCUUCUCGAACUCGAUGAGAACCUGCGAGCCAUCAAGCCUCAUGAGUUUUUGGGCGACCAACAGGCUAUUCAAGCUGCCAUAAAGAAAGUGGAAGAUCAAGGCAAAGUUAAACCUGCUGAUAAUUAAAUGCUUCCAGACGUCAACACUCCUCCUAUAAGCGGGCUUCAUCUUAACAAACUUCUCAUUUGUAGCAAACCAUGUAAAUGGAUUCCCUCUUGUUGGUAGACCUGUUGAACUAGAUUUUAUAGAGAUUCUAUUGGCCAAUUAUCAUGUGUGGUAAGGGUUCUGAUCACCAUCUUUAGUAGGCACUUAAAUAGCAUAAAUAAAUGUUUGCACCUUAGCAUUAUUCAGUAUAUUUUAAUUUUUAAUUUUAUUUUUGUGAUAUAUAAAAUAUAUCCUCUUCAACGGCAUCAGUUAUGGAAAAAAAUAUAUUUUUAUUUAAAAAUGUCAUACAGUAGCAAGCCUCUUAAUAGGCAUGAAAAGCGGACUUGUUACAUGACCAUUGAUUUAAUGUUGCAAAUAAGAUUUCCAUUAGUAAGCUAAUUAACUGUGCCAUAAUUACUCUAUAAAAUGGGGUGGUAAAUGGACGUAAGAUUAUGUGAACACACCCUGCAGUUGAUCAAGCCUAGAUCUUGCAGUUGCAUCUCAUAAUGAUAUUAAGGUUUAUAGUUGCUUUUAGUCAGUAUUGUAUUGAAAUGACAAAGUUCUUGGUGUUACAAAGCUCUGCUUGAACUCUACAUUUAUAGCUGUGUUUUCUGUGCUUCAGAAAAAGAAUGCUUUCAUUUUGAUAGCACAGUAUUUUUUUUCCCCACAUAAAAAAAACAAAAACCUAAUCGUUUCAUGUUGAAAUUAAUUGGAAAAAAAAAAUACAUUGAAAUUGUUCUGCAUAAGGAACAAACUAAUGUGUGGGUGUUUGUACUUUUUUUUUAUUUUUUUUAAGGGCUAUUAUUUUUUUUUAUUUUAUUUUUUAUACACCAUGACAGGAUUUAUGUACGCAAUCCUUAAUUCUCUAUCCAGACAAAUCCCGAAUAACAGCACUGGCCCUCUAAGGCACUUUCUUGCUUUAAACCAUACGUGGAAGGUGACCUUUUAAAUUCUCAUUUAAAUAAAGCUUAAAAUGUAGCAUUAUAUAAGUGUAUAAUUGCAGAAUUGAUCUAUUUUUCAUUAUUAGGAAAGUAUUUAUUUAAUUAAAAAAAAUUAUAUAUUGAACAAAUUAGCUGCCAGACCAUAAAUGUAUUGGUUCAUUUCUUGUCAAUUUAAUUUUUGUUUUUACUAUAGCAUUAAAGCAGCAAUCCCACAUACAGUAAGUUGUUUUAUUAUCAUUUUAUAUUAUUUUUGUUCUUUGAAUGGCAUAUAUAAAAGCAUGUAUCUGUCAUUUUUUUUUCUCUAAAAACAUUUUUUUUUUUAAUUAACACCGGAGGAAAAAAGUUGUGGCUUCCGGAUAAAGGAAUAGGCUUUCAGACUUUAAGCCUGUCAUGUCAGAGCAGAGAGGGGAGGAGGGGGUGGUCACAUUAAGAAUACCGCUCAGAUUGGCAUUCCAGAUCCUCUUUGCUUACUACAUUGGUGCCAUGCAACUGUGGUUGCUAUGGUGUCACAAAACACUGGAGUUAACCAUCAUUUAAAAGUAGUCUGUAAAAAAAGACAAAUUGGGUGAAAAGCAAAUCUCUGCAUUGUUCUUGUAGCCUACCAAAUUCACCUAAUUGUUUCUUGGGAUUGCUGCUUUAACUGUAUGUUCACUGUUUAUUGUUUUGUUUAGUUUUUCUUUUCUUUUUUUUACUUGCUGUUCCUGUUUUAAAUGAAUUAGCAUUAAUAUGUUUGUUUUUACUGCUGUCCUGGUUGUUUAAUAAAAGUGCUAAACUACUGUAUUUA